AAUUUUGAAAAAAAAAUUGAUGCUGUCUUUUCUGGGGGGUUGAGGUGCGCCGUUGAACUUGUCAUGGACUUGCUUGGGUUUGAGUGUCAGUUUGAUUGUCACUUUCCUUAUAAUAUAUCUCUCCAAACAUUUUGAUAUGCUGCUUCAGGAUCAAUUUGCAUUUGCAGAAAGGAUAACUUACAAUGGAUGACAAUAAUGUCAGCGAAACGCUGUUUUCUCUUGAGUUGGCGGUCAACUCUUUGCGAAUAGACCCACGAACUGUAAUUUGUCGCAUGCCCGCUGUCGCUUUUCGACUUUUGGAUUUCCCGUCAAUAAUGGUUGAACAGUUGGACGAGACAGAAGCGAAACUACUAAAGAGUGCUGUACAGACUUUAUGGGAGUAUGAAGAAAAUGUUCCACCUCAACUUGACGAACUUAAAAAUCGACAUGGUAACCACGAAUUCAAGAAGGGCAAGUCUUCUCUGUACAAGUACAGAUUGAACUCGCUAGUUUCUCAUCUUCACAACACACCUCUCUACAUAAUGAUUGUUGAUGUUUGGAAUACCACCCCUAAAUUGGUUGCCCAUUGCAACGUAUCAUUGAAAGAAGUCGUGCAUAGAAUUAAAAAAGAUGUUUCGGAAUUUGGAGUCUCUGUACCCUCUGUUCAUGGCAUACAAGGGAAAUUUCCGAUCGUUAAUCUCAUGGGAACUGAGAUUGGGUGGAUAUCUUUAGGGAUUCGUCUCCUCAGCCUUGGUGGAAAUCUCAUUCCUCACAUUGCAGAUGCAUCUCUGGUGAAGAAUAAGGAAGCCAAUUUGACCAAAGAUCACAAAGAUGCAACUUCUGUUCCAAAGACAUCAGCUGAGCAGCAAGAAAGACCUCAACUGCAAGGUUCAACCCCUGUGUAUGUUCCAUCAAGUAGACCUACAUCAUGUGAGCAUUGUGAUCAUCAGAAGAAUGAAGGCAUCCUUGGAGCUGUCAGAGUGGACUUGGCAUGUCAGACCACAGAAGGUGCUGAUGAAAGGACCAGUGAAGACAAGACAGCUUCUAUAAAGAUCAAGAAAAAAACAUUGACAUCUUCCAGACUGCCUGCAGAUUACAUCCCAAGAGAAGAUGGAGGAAACACUAUUCCUGCAUUUGGAAAUAAUGGCCUGUGUAUCACCAAUAUACACAUCCCUCCACCUCUAAUAUACAAUUUAGAAAAUGAUGUCGAAUUCAAAGCAACUGAUGGCAGACGACAAAGGGUACCACAACAAAACUUUAAGCACCAGAGUUUCCCCAGUCCUCUUGGGAACAGGAGAAAUGCACCCACCCAAGAGAGUUCUUCUGCAUUCUCAUCUGAUUUGGACAAUAGAAAAGAACUUGAAGUUCAGUAUGUGAUACAUCCUCCGGAGUAUAACUCUUCACCAAAUGUCCGAAAGAUCUUGAGAAACAGAAGGAAAAAGAAGUCUGUUGAGGAUCCUAUGGAUGUUGACCCGAGCUUGCAUUUCAAACCUCAAAGUGUGAAAGAACCCAGGAGACCCGAAAGUGAAAUUAAAGGAAAGGACAUAUCUGAUAGAAUGGAGGAUCUUCAAAAACUCCCCAUUCUUCAGGCCCUUCUAAGGGAAUUGAGUAUUUUGAACAGAAGUGGAACUGAUAAGUCCAAAGACUCCAAACCAAUGUUUGUCAAAGAAGAUCUUGAAUCUCAGAAAAGUUCUUCUAAACAUCCUGUAGAUCAGAGAACUAGUGGAAGGCAAAGCGAAUUUCAUGUUACUGAAGAUGAGCCAAAAGUUACUCCUGCUGCCCAGAAAAAUUACCGUCAUAAACAUAGAGAGUGUGCCAAGCCUCCAGAAGGAGUACCAGCUUCAAAGAGUUUUUUGAGACAACAGCCUCGAUAUGGCAAGCAUCGUAAAGGAAACAAGCUGAAAUUCAAAAUGACCAACUCCCAAAAGCUCCGCAUCCAGAAACACAAUCCAGAAGCCUUCAGGCAGUUGGAAGAAGAGGAGAGAAUUGCAGAAAUUGAAUUUCAAAUGCAGGCUGCUGCUCGGAUGCACAAGGAGAGCAAGCGGAGGCCAUCAGCUCCUCAUCCAUCAGAGGAUGUGUUACCUUCACCGGAUGCUAAUAUUUCUACAGAGAUUGCCAAGCAUUGUGAACAGGGCCAGUCAGACAAUGAAGAUAGCAAUACCAUCUUCAUGAGGGGAAUGGAAACUUUCAAGAUUCCUACAUCCGACAUUGUUGAUGAUGAUGAUAUGGAUCAACCACUUAAUAGCAGAGAUGCUGCAAACAGUGCUGCUGAAAAAGAUGCCAGUGAUAGUGAAAAAAGUGCACGUAGCAUCAGUGUUCACUUGCCAACUGCUUUAGUACAGAAUGAUGAUGAGGAGGAGGAGGAGAAUACAUCUGAAGAUGAGAGUCAAGAGGAAGGUCCAAAGCACCUGUCUGUGCCUGGGUUUCCAGAAGGUCCACAGGAAGAUGAAAGGCCACUGGAACCUGUGACACCUAUUCAACCUUACUCUGAUGACUUUGAAGAUUCUUACAGGUAUGUAUCAACAGGAGAACAGGAGCUAGCCAACAUCCAAUCUUCCAUUGCUUCAGAGACAUCCAAUGUCCAACAGGACUAUCCAGAAACAGAUUCCGACAGCGGCAGUUACAAGACAGCAGAAUCUGUACCUUCGGUCAGAAGUCCUGGAGCCGUGACUAGUCAGCCGUCCAAGGUAGCGAAUCCAGCAGAUGUUGCGAACCCGCCUUCCAAGUCAAGCAGUAGCAGCACAAGUUCCAAGUAUCCUCCCAGUGUUCUGAGCAUCCCUCAACCACAGAUGUCGGCCAACUCUCCCAUCCCUCUUGCCAGGCGAUCAGUGGCAAAAUCUACAAUCCCCAGUCAGCCUCCACAGCCAAAACCCAGGCUCUCUUUGGACCAUUCCAGCUCUCUAUCCAAUGUUUCCGUCCUAGUCCCAGAAUUAUCGAACACAUUUGAGAGCUCGGAGGUUAAUACAUUUGAAGGUAAGCCAGAAGUAAGUGAUGGUGAGGGACAGGAUGAUGUGUAUUCUGAUGACUUUGAUAGUGAUGACUAGCCUGCCUGAUGUUGGAGUGCAAAUGGAUAAAUACACCAAUUUUGGUAUCUAGCAGCAAUACAAUUAACUAAUUGGGUACCUGCUUUCAGGUGGUAACUAGGCUUAUUCAGGUUUAAUCUAAGAGUUUCUUCAUUUUGCUUGUUUAGCUUCUGGUGGAUGCUUCAUAAAGCAGUCACAUUUCCCCUAUGGCAACCGUACAGUUAGUCGAAAAUGGCCGUUUUAACAUUUUUUUUACCAGCUUCAUAAAGGUGGUUUGAAUAAAAAUUAAUAAAACGGCUGUUUUCGACUCGCGUAGGGGAAAUGUGACUGCGUCAUUAAUUCACAUACUAUUGGUGACCCUUACUUGGGAGAUUAUAUUCACCACCAAUCAUUAUUUGGGAUAUAUGUUUCAUUUACCACUAGAAACAGUCACCAGUCAUUCAAAAAGUCUUGUGAAACUCACAAACGGCUUUAUGAAAGAAACAAAUCAGGAAAAUUUUGUAUGGAUUGCCUAAAUUGUAAUCAACCUUUCUGUAUUAGACAGGGGACUGUGCAUUUUGAAACCAUAACAAUUUGGAUUUUGUUGCAGGAGUAUUAUGUUGUAUCAAGAGAGUUGGAAGGAGGUGGGGGCACAUGUCCUCUAUUAGUGGUGAAUAUAAUUUUCUUCAUGGUGUAUUAUGUGCCUAUCAUUUUUAUGGUUUUUGAUAAUCAUUUGAUAAUCAUAAUACAAGUGCAAGAGUUUAUUUUCUUUUUCUCUCUGAAGACCCAUGUCAUCUCAGUCAUUUUUGUUGUAUACUGUAUGUAGCAUACAUGUAUGCCACUUUUAAAUACUGGUACUAGAUGUACGUUUCUUUAUUUUUUUAAUUCUAACUUCCAACAAAUGAAACAAAAGUCAAUGGUUAUUUUUCUUAAACUUCUUUUAUAUUUGCAAUUUCACUCAACAUCCAAUACAUCCAACCCAAAACAUAAAAUGUUGGCAGAUGUCACACCAAUCAAAGUGAAAAUAUAACAAUACUAUUUAUAAUAUAUUUGGCUGGUGAAUGAUAUUUCACCAGCUUUUAUAAGUCAUAUAUUUUUUGAUAAAAUUAUAUGACUUAUUAUUAUAUUUUAAUACGAGUUGAAGCUUUCAAGAGGAAGUCAAUGAAAGAGAUCGUUAUGCCGAUUGUUGGCAAUCUUACGUUCAAACCUUGCCAGUGGCUUUAUGUACUACUGGUACUGCUUCUUGUUACAGAUUCAACUCCUUAUGAGAUUGAUCUGUUGGAAAGACAAUUAAAUAAUUGUAGGCAAUAUGCUUCAAAAACUGUCAUGAUUUCUCGAACAUUUUGAUUAAAAAUUUUAAACAAUGCAAAAUCUCCCUAUGGAGGUUUUGAACUCUAUUCAUUUAAGAAUGAGCUGAACUGCAAUUUGUUGCCGCAUGGUCGAUUUGCCAUUGAUCUUCUUAGCUUCAAAUCUUAAGAAGGUGCCCACUGUUCUCAUCUGUACAACUUUACAAUGUUUGUCAAAUGAGCAAAAUGAGUUGAUGGUUUAGAAAAUAUUGCAGCAUUAUCUGUUCAUGAAAACGUGCCAUUCUGAUGUAAGCAUGUAUUUGGUUAUUUCAAUAACAGAAUGUCCAUUUUCUAAAACUGAUAUUUGACUCCUCAAAUCUAUGUAAAUAAAAGUGAUAUAUCUGAAUAGGGGUUCUGUUGCUCCUCAUACUGUAUGUGUAUAAAAACAAGCUAUUCAAAAAUAGUUUAAUCUAUGAACCUUUUUAUCUGUUUCGAUGAAGAUAAUAUAUUGUAUUCAUAAUUCGCAUUUGAAAUGAACAUGGUUGAAAUGAUCUACUUUGCCCAAAAUUGUACCCAUACAGUAUUAGAAUAGUGUUCAAAUAACAAGUUUGUCAUCAAAAUAUUAUUCUUUAUAAAAUCCUCAUAGAAAAUAUAUGAGUAACCAUUAGACUUCUCGGAUCACUGAAAUCUAUGAAAGAAAACUAGGUCUUCUCAUAAUGAAAUGUAAAUCAUAUCUUUUGUGUUUCUUUUAUCUUAUCUUUCCAUAACACUUCUUAAUUUUGCCUUGUAUCAUAAAGGCACAAGUUGACUUUCAUAGUCAAGUUAUAAAAAUAGAUUUUUCUUUUCUUUUCUGUUAAAAUCUUGUUUUGCCUCACAAUUCAACACAACAACAUGCCCUAUCAUUUACAUCUACAUGUACACAUUCAUGUACAAAUGUAUGUACAAUAAAUUUGCAUGCAAGAAUUAACCUAAAAUAAUAAUAAAAGGUUUCUGACAUUCAACAAAAAAAAACUUUGAUGUUUGCAGCAAUUACAAGCUUUAUCGAGAUGACAUAUGAUUAUUGCAGUUAUCUACAUUUGCUUUACUCUUUUGAUUUAAAAGAAAUACUUUUCAAGCAAAAUUUGGUGAUUUUUAUUACACAGUAGAAAUGAAUAUGGGCAGGUUGUUGAGGCAAUAUUUGUCAUGCUACUAGGAGUCAUUCCAUAAAGCUGUGAUGUUGUGUGUGACUUUACUGCAUGUUCUUUUACCUUUAGAUUCUCAUUCAUUACAAUUUACAUGAGUUGAAGUUGAAAUAUAUUGUUAAUAAGCAAUUUAAA